AUGGAUGCCAAGACAUUUGUCACGGUCGGCUCUGAAGAAAAGCGCCAGUUUCUCAUUGACAAUUACGAUAUUCCACCCAGUCACAUAGUCUCUCCCAGAAAUGUAAAGUUUGCCAAGUCGAUCCUGGAGGUCGCACAGGGUCGCAGCGUCGACAUUAUGAUCAACCCGCUCACGGAUGAGAUGCUGGAUUUGACGUGGCGGAUUUGCGGCGACGGAGGUACCAUGGUCGAAAUUGGCAAGAAAGAUAUUGUUGAUGGUAAGAUGUUGUCAAUGGAGCCGUUGCACAGGAAUUGCUCCUUCAGAGCAAUGGACUUUUCCUAUACAAAGGAUAUCUCGGACCCUCUGAUCGAAAGGUACGGCGGACUGCUGAGCGAAAUCUUUGACUUGGUCAACGCCGGCCAUAUAUAUCCUGUGCACCCGAUCACCACUUCUGUCUUCAACGACGUCCCCUCGGCGCUGACCUAUAUUCGCAGUGGUCGUCACAUUGGCAAAGUUGUGAUCGAGAGAGAGAGUGACAAGGAUGUCCGUGUCCCAAUCCGUCCAGUGCUUCCUAGGCUCGCACUGCAGCCAGAUGUCUCCUAUCUUAUCGUCGGAGGGUUAAAGGGUCUUUGCGGUAAUCUAGCCAUAUACAUGGGACAGCGUGGGGCAAAGCAUAUCAUCGUGUGUUCGAGGAGUGGUAUUGCAGACGAGGCAUCUCAGAGCAUCGUAGCGAAUUGCGUGGCGCACGUGUGUCAAGUUGUUGAGGCUGGAGGUGACAUUGGUGAGCCGGACUUUGUGCGACAGCUAUUCUCAGAAGCAGAACCAGUGAUAUCUGGUGUUGUCCAGGGAGCUAUGACUUUGAGAGACAAACCGUUUGAGACAAUGACGAUAGAAAAUUACCACACUGCAAUUCACGCCAAGAUUGCCUGUACUUAG